UUACAUGGAGAUUACCCUUGUGGCUGUCACCGAACCAAGUUAGUCUCUACCUUAUAAGUGCACUUAAUCUUCCUCUCUCUCCGAUACUUAUCUUCCGGUCAAUCUUUCAUACCCGGCAACUUCUUCCGACUCCAAAUUUUAUGCCCUGCUCUGUUCCCAACGUUUUCUCUAGCAAAGAUUGCGCCUUUCACCUUCCCCUAAAAAUCCAAUCUUAGGGUUAAGAUUUCCAUUCCCAAUUUCUCCCAAACCAAAAUCCAACCACAAUCUCCGUGAACCAUCACCAAGGGGAAGAACGAUUUCCUCACGCCCAAAGACAUGGGACUUCAGAAGCUCCGGUGGGACUGCUAUACGUGCGAGAAGCAAUGCCGCGAUGAGAACAGCUUCAAAUGUCACUGCUUGAGCGAGAGCCACCAACGCCAUCGAGGGUCAGAUAACAAACUAGAGUUUACAAUGCAAUUUGCAUUACAUGAAGAUUCUAGUUCUCUAAGAUGAUGUCAAUUGCCCUUAGUCUACUAUUGACCGCUUGUUUUACUUAAUCUUCAAUUCUCAGUCUUAUGUUUUGGGAUGGUUACUGAAGACACACACUCUGUCCUCUUUUAUAUAUAUAUGGAUGAAUGUUACUUGUUGGAUUGAUAUAUACAUAUAUUAUACACACAUAAUAAGUGUAUAUAUAUGUCAAAUUCAAGGUUCUGGUUCGUUUAUUCUUUAUUCUUUUGUAAUAGUUUUGACUUGGUGCUCCAUUUGAGUCAUUGGCUUACCAUUUGCAAGUGAUAAUAUCAUGUGUAGAGUGUACAGUAGAGAGUUGGAGCUGUUUCCAGCGACUUUGAUUAGCCCUCGGUUCGCUUCACCGACUCUUCCUUCAACUGUUCUGUGCUGCCGAGAGCCGUCAUUAAGAAAACUUUGGUGCUGGAAAGCUCACCGCGGCCAAGGAAGAUCCCUGCUGUUACAAAGAGCAAAAACUGCAGCUUGAAUCUGGAGAACAAUAGACAGUUUGAGUAACAUUGAAGCAUAGAUAACCUUCUGUCAUAACUGAACCUGGAGCUCAAGAAGCAUGGUCAUGAGCCCGAUCCUAUUCAGUUUUUUUUAUGAUAAGCAUACACGGAAUGACAAAGAAAAAACCUGGAUUUAUGAAGUUGCUGAGCGGACACAUGCUGGUAUGCAAGAGAAGUUGGCAGAAAUUGUAGCAGUUGAAGGUAAUGAGACUACAGAGAUGCGAGAAAGAGCAUAUGUUGCAGUGAUGGGACCUGAGAAACGUCACAGAGUUUGCGGUUAUGGACUAGGUGUAAUACCUGAUAUGGUGCCUUAUCUUCAAAUUGAUGGUAGCUCAUCAUCACACAGAUCACAUGGAAGACAUUAUGCUCACUUGCAGUCACAAUUAAUUUAUGGAGUUAGAGUCCAAGUACCAACAACAACAAGAGCAAGCACAGGUGCAGCAAGUUCAAACUCAGGAACGACUCUUGCAAACCCAACAAGAAUUGGCAAUGUUAAAGCAAAUGAUGCAAUCCCAGCAAUCUACUCCACCUUCACAACAAUCUUCUCAGCCUUUGCAGCAACCAUCCUUCCAGAUGCCUUCUUAUCCUCGUCAAAUGUACUGGCCUCAACCGCAGAUCUAUCCUCAAAUGCCUUAUCAGCCUCAACAUGCUUAUCCUACCACUGGACUAACUGGAUUGCUUAUGGGAGAUACAAGUGUCCAAGAAACUGAUUUGUUGAACCAGCUUAGAGCUUCAUCAAAUCAAAGCUCUCGUGGAUCUGAGCAAUAGACUUUUAUUAUUUCCCUUAUUGAUCAUUAGAUGCUAAUUGAUAGGCAUUUGACUAGAUGAAUUUGUGACUUUUUUAGUAACAAGUAUUUUAUAGACUUGAUUUUAAGUUGCAUCAGUAAAGAUUUGUUGAACAGGAAAUAAAUUUAUAUUAUAUUUUGUUGUCCAGAAAAAAUUUAUAUAUAUAA